CACUCUUGCCCCGGCAUCCGCCCGACCAUGUCGUCCGCUGUUGCCCGUGCCGCGUCGAAGCGCGGCCCAGCCUCGCUGGACAAGCCCGCGAAGCGCUCCCGCUCGCACCACGACGAGGACGAUGAGAGCGGCUCAUUUGCCGACCUUUACUCCGACUCGGACCAGGAGGCCGGUGAUCAGUCCACCGAUGCCGAUAGCGACACCGAGGGCCAGACCAAGGAGACCCCGGCCGAGAAGCGCGUUCGCCUGGCCAAGGAGUACCUCGCCCAGCUGGAGGAGGAAAACCGCAUCCGCGCCGAGACCGAGAUCGAUGCCGCUGAUCUGGAUCGCAACAUCAUUGCCUCGCGCCUGCGCCAGGAGGCGUUCGCCGGCACCAGCCGUGCAUACACCCCCAUCGCCGACAACGUGGCGACUCAUCUCCGCAAGCUGGCCUCCAAGGCUGACGCCCCGUGGCCUCGGCUGUCCCCCUCUGUGGACAUCCGCUCGCCCCACCGGAGGCCUCUCACCACGGCCCUGAUGUCCCCCUGCGGGAAGUUCAUCUUCUCCGCCUGCAAGGGUGGUGACAUCAUCCGACAUGAGCGUGCCACUCGGGCUGUUUUGCGUUUCGCCAACACCGCGCGCAAGAACCCCCGCAAGCAGCAGAAGCUGGCCGCCGGCCAGGCGGCCGGUGCCGCGGACGAGACGCACUUCGGCCACACCGGGCAUGUCCUCUGCCUGGCCAUCAGCUCCGACGGUCUGACCCUGGCCUCUGGUGGCUCGGACCACCUGAUCAUCCUCUGGUGCGCGCAGACCGGCAAGUACCUCCACACUUUGCGCCACCACCGCGGUCCCGUCACGGGUCUGGCCUUCCGCCGCGGCUCCUCGCACCUGUUCUCCUCCUCGGCCGAUCGCACCAUCAAGGUGUGGAAUGCCGACCAGUUCUCAUACAUUGAGACUCUCUUCGGUCACCAGGACACCAUCAACAGCAUCGAUUCGCUGUACCGCGAGCGCUGCCUGAGUGUUGGCUCUCGCGAUCGCUCCUGCCGCCAGUGGAAGAUUCCCGAGGAGUCGCAUCUUGUCUUCCGGUCCUCCGCUUUCAAUCCCAGCCAGGCCCUGCUGCAGGCCCUGGCCAGCGGGGACGCCAUGCCGGCCACCGACACCCCGGCUCCUCCCGCCAAUGCCCCAGCCCCGCCGCCCGUCAUCGAGGCCGUGAGCCUGAUCAAUGAGGACCACUGGAUCUCGGGCGCCGAUGAUGGGACCGUCGCUCUUUGGUCCAACACCAAGCGCCGCCCGGUCAUGCAAAUUGGCCCGUCCACCAGCCAGACGGUGUCGCUGGCGCGUCAGCUCGGCCGGGCCUUCGACCAGGCGGAGGUGGAUGCCGCCACGGCGUCCGACUUCGUCGAGCCCAUCUCGUCGGUCGGCGUGAGCGCCGUCCAGAGCGGCCUCACCCAGUCCGAGAUCAAGAGCGACCAGAUCCUCCGCGUGCACGGUGCCGCUGUGGAAGCCGUGGCCGCCUGUGCCUUCACCGAUAUCGCGGCCACCGCUGGCUCCGAUGGCUUUAUCCAACUCUGGCGUGUGGAUGCCUCCUUCCGCCGGCUGGCCCCUCUUGAUGGGCCGCGGCUCCAGGCCCCGGGACACGUUGUGAGCCUGUCCUUCAGCCAUUGCGGCCGCUAUCUGGCUGCGGCUGUCUCCUCAGAAGAGCGCCUCGGUCGGUGGAAUGUCCUCAACCCCAAGACCGCCCCGCUGCAGCAGUCCCACUUCACAAACGCCCCGAAGGAGGGCGUGUCCGGCAUGGGCCGCAUCUUCCUUUUCGAUCUGCUUGGCGCCCCGGCCUCCUAGUCGACCAGCGUGAAGGCCAGCUGCCGGUGUGGGCCGUUUCCUUCUCCGGCCACCUCUGCUGCCUCCCUCCCCUCUUCCUUUGCCUGUGCUGGCCUGCCUCCGCUGCUCCAUCGGCCGUCCAUCCUCCUCCUCUUCCUCCUCCUCAGAAUGACGAGAUGGAUGCCGGUAAAAGCCGACGCCCGCAUGCGCAUUCCUCCCCCCCCACCCAAUACACCCCCAUAGAAGUC